UUUGCCUCGUGUGAACUGCAAUGUGCGGAGUUUUAUUUUGUCCGAUGACAUAAUGCGUUUGCGCUGCUAUAUAUACCAUGCAGCUGGUGAAUUACUGCAUCACAAUUGCUAAAAAAAGCGAAAAUCUGUCUGCGACUAGCUAUACGAUCGAAUACUAAAAAUGAAUUGGAAUAUCACGGAAACAACAUUUGUGGAAAGCCUGGUGAUUUUACUGGUACUUCUUUUAGUUCAUCCUCUUUGCAUUUUUGGUGAUAACAAAUUUUGUAUUGACAGUGGAAAUUCUUCGAAAGCCCCGAUUGCACCUUCUCUUGACGACGCAUCGAGCUCUGGUGAGGACUUCAACGUUAAUGAUGAUGUAACCUUGUAUUGUUGCUUUGUAAGCCAGUACCCGGUUCACGUGAAAUGGUACAAGAAUAAUAUUCCUCUCGUGACAGGAGCGAGAUAUCGAUUUAGCGAAGAUAAUCAAGUUUUGCCAAAAGCAGUAAACUUGAUAAUGGUGUGUAUCGUUGUGAAGGCUCCAACCAAAACGGCCGGCAAUCAUGGAAUAUUACAGUUUAUAUGCACCUCCCACAAUGCAAACAUGCUCCUACUAUCUACGUCCCUAAAUCAACCCUGAAAGUGAAAGAAGGAAAGUCUGCUACGUUAACGUGCUUCGUACGAACAAAGGGGGACUGUAGUUUAACAUUUGCGACGUUCUACUGGAGAAAUCCACAAGGAAGGAUUGUGACAAAGAAUGCAAAGCGGAAGCAAAGUUCAUGUGGCGUUCUCAUGACGUUGACCAUAAAGCAUGCGAGGAGAAACCAAGCAGGAAAAUAUAAAUGCAUCGUCAAUGCACAUACCAAAAAAUCCAAUUUAUUACGGCUCAAAGUGGAAUGAAUCCAUCUCUUUAAGUUUGAACAAUAAAAUCAUGUUUGCAUGCGGAAUAAUAUGAUUGCGUUCAUAUACUAGUAGAAUUUUAUCACUGAUAUAUUAAAAAC